ACACUGUAAACAAUGUUGGCAUAGCUCAAGUCUAUCUACAUAAUCAAUGAAACGGCUUGUCCUGUCAGGUUGAUAAAUUUGUAGUUCAGUAGGACAAAAGUUGCCAUAGAAUGUGGAUUUAGAGAUCUCGUCAUGUCUACUAACCAUGCUGUAACCCCGGAUCAGAGGCACAACAUUUCUCUACUUCUUGAGGCAAUACAACUGCACUUUGAAAGUCAGAAUCUCAAGACACGGAUUUUGAAGUGUCAGUCACAAGCAAUAGUGCAGUGGAAAGAUGGCAAUGGCCUUGACUUGCUCCACCAUUGUAUCUUAGAAAACAAUGUCAUCGCGCUUGUCCAUUUGUUGAACCGAGGGCUCUUUAAACCCCCUUAUGAACCCCGUAUUUGGCCUUACCUACACUUAGUAGCUUGCCUUGGAUACAGAACUUUCAUUUCCACAAUAAUUCAAGAUAUGAAGUUUCAACAUGAAGCAGUUGUUUUAGACUGGAGUGUCUACUCUUGUGCCAUUAAAUCAAAACUCCAUCAGCAAGCUCCAGAAUUACAAGAGGCUGAGAAAAGUAAAAAACUCACACCUGUUGACAUCGCUGCAUUAUUUGGUAACAUACAGUGUGUCCGUCUCAUUCUUGAUUUUUGGCAAGUUCAGAACUCAUCAUCUGAACAUCGACGAAAAUCAAACUCAACAAUGGCGCCAACUUCUUACUUGACGAUUGCUUGUCAAGUAAAUUCCCCCAACGCUCUCAGACUUUUGUUGCAAGAACACAGUGACAAGAAAGAGGCACUGGAGUCUGCGAUGAGGAUGGGUGUACCUGAGUGUAUUGAUGUAGUUCUACGGGAGGGAGGCUCCCAAGAUGUGAAGAAGGCUUUCCAGGGUAUGAACUUGUUCCAUGUGCUCUACUCCUACAGAAGUUGCCGGACUCCAAACCAGUAUGAAGCCAUGGUGGAGAUUACGUCAGUGCUGUUACGGCACAAUCAAAAUGUUAAUGCCUGUAGGCCUUCGCGGACAUUCCCUCUGUAUAGUUUGUUGAGCCAUUAUCCUGGCGGUUGUUCUGUGGAUGAAUGUGCACCCUACCUUAUUGCUGCUCUUUUGGUGCUGGUCAGUGCUGGUGCUGAUCCCAACGUAGAUGAGAUUUUGAUUGAGGAAAAGCUGAGAGACCCUGAGCAGAGCACAGCAUUUGGAAGGCGGCCUUACUCUAGUGCUGUCCACUGUUUGCUGUGCACUCUUCCUCUACUCAAACGGGACGUAGAAGAUACUUCUUCAACAGAUCCAAUUGAUCAGUAUGUAUACAGUGCAUAGAAAUUCUACUUCGACAUGGUUUGGAUUUGGCUUAUUGUGGUAAAUUCAAUGAAAAAUCUUUUUACGAUGACACUCUUAAAGGAUCUUAUCAUGAAGGAACGGCCUUGCAUGUCUUAACCUCUACCAGAGCAACAUGUUUCACAAGUUACCCAAUUUUACGCUUAUUGCUUCGGUAUGGUGUUGACGCUGAUGCGAGAGGGAAUUGGCACAUUCCGACAUUGAACACAAAUGUUCAUUAUGCACUGAACGUUCUUCCAUUUUCUGUAUGGACACUCCCUCUUUCCAAUGCAGAACUCAGCCCAGUAAUGCACAUUUUCUCAGAGAAAGACUUGAAACACUUUAAGUAUAUCAUGAAGUUCAUGAGCCAGAGGUCACUUAUUCUGGCAUAUCAGGAAUUUGUGGACACGUUUGAAAAGCUGAAAGUUGCUACUGAAAACAAUAAUGAGCUUCAAGAAUUGGGAAACAUUCACUUUCUGGAAGACAAAAUGUAUGAAUCGGUCCUUGAGGAGUAUAGGAUGGAGACCCAAGAACCAUGGUCACUGCAGAGAUGUUGUUCAAAGGCUAUUUGGAGAUCCUGCAAGCUGCACAUGGGAAAUGUCUUUGAACUGCCCAUCCCAGGGCCAUUGAAGAGAGUUGUUUUGAGUUUCCACUGACUGGAAUUAAUGAAUACUUUAAUGUUACAGUGUGUGUGUGUAUGUAUCACUCUGUGUGCUUGCAUGUUUAUAUCAUACGUGUUUGUGUGCAUGUUCAUGUGUGUGCGUGUGUGUGCAUAUGUGUAUGUGUGUCUGGUAUGUGUGUG